AAGUCUGUAUAGGCAAAUGCAUAGACAAAGAAGACAUAGGGAGAUAAGAUGGACAGAGGGAAAGGUUCUCUUGAAGAAACACCAACAUGGGCUGUCUCAACUAUUUGCUUGUCCUUCUUUCUGCUAUCUUUUAUGAUUGAUGCUGGUCUCCACUAUCUAACUGAGUUUCUCAGGAAAAGGAGCAGAAAAGCCCUAUAUAGUGCUUUGGUCAAGAUCAAAACAGAAAUGAUGAAUUUCGGAUUCAUAUCAUUGCUUCUUGAAAUAAUGGAAGGACCCAUAUCAAAAAUUUGCAUCACUCAAGCUGUGGCAAAUUCUUUUCAUCCAUGCAAAGAUCCUGUCAAGUUAUUAGAACCAGUUUUCUCAUCAGAGACACAAAUUUCAGGAUCAAAUUCCAGUGCAAUACUUUCUAAUGAAAUCAUGGAUGAUAAUUACUGUGAAUCAAAGGGAAUGGUUUCUCUAGUGUCAAGGGAAGGAACCAUGCAUCUAAAUGUCUUCAUCUCUUUCUUAGCAGUGUUUCAUGUUUUGUACUGCAUAUUAACUAUGUGUCUUGGGAUGGCCAAGAUGAGUAAAUGGAAAGCAUGGGAGGAAGAGACUUGGACACUUCAUCAUCAGAUUGCUAAUGAUGCAAGGAGAUUUCGGCUUACCCGCCAAACAUCUUUUGGGAGACGUCAUCUGAAGUUCUGGAGUAAUCACCCCCUCUUACUUUGGCUGGCUUGCUUCGCUCGACAAUUCAGUGGUUCAGUCUCAAAAACUGAUUACUUAACCCUUCGCAAUGGGUUCAUUAGGGCCAAUGUGGCUGCAGGCAGCAAUUUCAACUUCCACAAACUUCUUACCAGGGCUUUUGAUGAUGAUUUUGAGCAGAUUGUUGGAAUCAGGUUCUACAUCUGGAUCUUUUCCAUACUAUUCAUAUUUUUCAGCGCAAAUGAAUUUUAUAAUUACUGUUGGCUACCCUUUAUUCCCCUGGUGAUUGUUCUGGUUGUGGGGACAAAGCUGGAAGUCACAUUAACCAAAAUGAGUAUGGAGAGUUGCAAGGAAAACCCUGUGACUCAAGGAACUUUUCUUGUGAAGCCUAGUGAUGAUUAUUUCUGGUUUGGUCAACCCAAUUGGCUUCUCCAUCUCCUCCAGCUCAACCUGAUCCAGAACUCCUUUCAGUUGGCAUUUUUCAUCUGGACAUGGUACGAGUAUGGCCUAAGGUCUUGCUUCAAUGAAAAAACGGAGGACUUCACCAUAAGAAUUACCAUGGGCAUAGCUGUGCAGCUCAUUUGUGGUUAUGUCACCCUGCCUCUUUAUGCACUUGUCACCCAGAUGGGCUCUAGCAUGAAGACCGCAGUGUUUACCGAGCGCGUAGUUAGAGGUCUCAAAAAUUGGCAGAAGAAUGCCAGACGCAGCCUUUCCAAAAAUCGAUCCACUUCAAGUAUACACUCAUUAAAUUCAUUGCCUCCUGACAUUGCUGACACUUCAAUAACAGGAAUACAAAGGAAAAAUCUCCCAGACUAUGAACACCGUCCUCCAUUAGAAGUCAUGAGCCCUUCUUCCUCAGCCCCAGAAAUCACAGAACAGGAAGUGCAUUCCUCCAAUACUCCUAACCCAGCUAUAACAAUCCUUUCAACUACAGAAAUCACCAAAGAGGAAGCAAAUCCAGUGAUCAUAACCAGAGGAACCUACAAUGGUGAGAUCUCCUUUGGGAGCAGCUGGAAAGAACCAGAAAGUAGUAGGGGCACGGGAGAAAUCACUUCAAUCACCGAAGAAGAUGACAUUUUAUCUGUCUUCGAUCACCAGCACAUUGAUAAUGAUAUAUAAUGAUUUCUGCUCCCGUUAAUGUAUAACUUUCCUCAUAAAUAUUCUUUCUCUUAACUCCCAUUUUACAGCAUCUCAUCAA